AUCAAACAGUACAGUAAUUAGGGUUUGACAGGGACCAAGAAGCAACCAGACGGGCCGACGGGGUAUGGUUUUACUCGAAGCCGUCACCUCUACCGCUAGCCGACGGCCGCGGCUCGCCGGUUCGACUGUCGCCUUCUUUUCCGGCGAGGACGCUAUCGCUCUGCCGCCACAACAUAGCUAUCUGGUCAAGCUUAUCAUAUUCGACGGCGACCACGCUUACCCGGCGAAAUUCAUCCACCUUUUUGUCAAAUUGCCGAGGCUGUGGCGUUCAAAUUAUAGAAGCGAGUGUUAAAGUCGUAGAUCGCUGGGAUGAAGGUCGUUGCGUUGGUGAGUGGGGGAAAGGAUAGCUGCUUCGCGAUGAUGAAGUGCAUGGAUUACGGCCACGAGAUUGUUGCACUAGCCAAUUUGAUGCCAGUUGAUGAUUCUGUUGAUGAAUUGGAUAGCUACAUGUACCAAACUGUUGGCCACCAAAUUGUUAUUGGCUAUGCUGAAUGUAUGGGAUUGCCAUUGUUCCGUCGAAGGAUACAGGGAUCAACUAGGAAUCAACAAUUAAGCUACAGAAUUACUCCUGGAGAUGAAGUGGAGGAUUUGUUUAUUUUGCUACAAGAAGUUAAACAACAGAUUCCUUCUGUGACAGCUGUAUCGUCUGGCGCUAUCGCAUCUGAUUAUCAAAGACUCAGAGUGGAGAGCAUUUGUGCAAGGUUAGGCCUUGUUUCUUUGGCUUAUUUAUGGAAGGAAGAUCAAGCUUUUCUCCUUGAUGAGAUGAUAAGAAGAGGCAUUGUAGCUGUUAUUAUUAAGGUUGCAGCUAUGGGCCUGAACCAGAAACACCUUGGGCAGGAACUUGUGGAUCUACAAAGCUAUCUGCUUCAAAUGAAAGAGCUUUAUGGAAUUAACGUAUGUGGUGAAGGAGGAGAAUAUGAAACAUUAACUCUUGAUUGCCCACUUUUUAAGAAUGCUCGAAUUGUAAUUGACAAGUUCGAAGUAGUACUACAUUCACCUGAUUCAAUUGCACCUGUUGGUAUUAUUCAUCCAUUGGCUUUCCAUCUGGAGCACAGAAAAGAUUCUUCAUGCACAGAUAAGGAAAAUAAUGAUUUUACUUCAGAAAAAGCAGGUUCUGUUUUCCAUGUUAAGAAAGAGUUUUUGCCAAAUUAUUUGGAGAAGUGCAAAUCUAUGGAUGCAGUAUUUGAUAGAUUUGACACAAUUGAGCAAGUAAAGAUGAGCAUAUCAACUUGCAAAAGGGACACAUUCUCCAUUGGGUGUUGGGUUCCAAACUCUACCCCUUUUGAGGGAUUGCAGAAAGAUCUCAUGUCAGUUCUUCAUGCAAUUGAGUUACAACUGCUGAAAGAUGAUCUUGAUUGGGCUCAUGUUUUGUACAUCCACCUUUACAUUUCUGAUAUGAAGCAAUUUGGAUUAGCCAAUGAUGUUUAUGUGAGUUUCAUUAGUGAAAAGAAGUGCUCUUUUGGUGUCCCAUCGCGUAGUACGAUCGAGUUGCCUAUUGCGGAGCUCGGUCUAGGCGAUGCGUAUGUUGAAGUUCUGGUGUCAACUGAUCAGUGUAAACGAGUUUUGCAUGUACAAAGCAUAUCAUGCUGGGCUCCUAGUUGUAUUGGACCAUAUAGCCAGGCAACCUUGCACAGAGAAGUUCUUUACAUGGCUGGACAGCUAGGUCUGGAUCCUCCUACAAUGUUACUCCAGCCUGGAGGUCCAGCUGCUGAAAUGGAUCAGGCUCUGCUAAAUUGUGAGGCGGUGGCCAAUUGCUUCAAAAGUUCCAUUGCUACUUCUGCAAUUAUCAUUAUUGUAUAUUGCUCUACAUCGAUUUCUUCAUUUGAGAUGGCUGAAAUCCAGAAUCGAAUGGAGUAUUUCCUGAAGCACCAUUCUACCCAUCAUGAUGGCUUUCUAGGAGCAUAUAAUCCAAUUGUCCUAUAUGUUCUAGUACCCAAUCUUCCAAAAGGAGCACUGGUUGAAGUGAAGCCUACCCUUCACCUUGCAGAUAAUGGAAAAUAUGGAGUUCAAUCAGUCUUACUGAAAGCACCUGCUCCAGAUAAGCCAAAUUAUUUUGGCUUUAAAUGCUCAGAUGGGCAUAACUCUUAUUGCAGGAUAAAUGUGGUUCCCGACAAGAUAUGCGUGGCCCUGAUUUCUGUAACGAAAGACCAUGCUGGAAGCAUAUAUUUUGAAGCUGAUCAUGAUCUUCUUUGUCUUCACUGUGACAAAUCUCACAAGCACAUCAAAGCAAUUGCGUUAUUCUUUACUGGUCUUAUUGAUAAGAUUAUUUCUGAUAAUGGAUUUUCUUGGCAAGACAUAAAGAACCUAAGGUUCUACUUCCUGAAUGAUCUAGUCUCUUCAGCAGAUCUUCUUUUCUCCAUAUUUUCUGAGGCUUUCAGUGAGUUUGCUGAUUCAAGCAGUAAAUUAAAAGCAAUCUAUGAGCCUCUUUUCAAUCUACUGCCAGUUUUAGGCUCUGGUAGAUCUUCCUCCAUGGAUGACCUCAUCACAUGUGAGGUAUUUGCUUCAAAGCUUUGAAAGUGAUUUCUCCAUAUUAUUCUCCAUAAUCCACUGUAAGAUUCUUCUAGAUUAUUGAAGGAUUCAUCAAUUAGGUGCUUGAAGAAAAGCUCCUUGUGUAUCAUUUUAUUUGUGUUGUAAAAUAUUAUUUGAUUACUUUGUAUUACAUUAAAUUUAAUUCUUUGGCUAUAAUGAUACUAUUUUUGCUUAGUUUUA